UAUGGUCGCUGGAGGUUGAUGUCACUUGCAGCAGCAGAGUCUUCAGGACAGGACUGAGCUGGUCCGAGAGAGAAAACACACUGAAGGGCGAUGUUUCAGCUAACAGCUUGUUUAUGGACGCCGUGGAAAGCCUGUUGUUGUUGAUACAAGUCCACUGAGCUUGUAGCUGGAAAAGGUGGAAGGUAGCCUCGGUCGCCGCAGUAUUUUUUAGAUCACUUCUGGAAGGAAUAACACAGAAAAAUGUCGUCUCCAAGUCCGGGCAAGAGGCGAAUGGAUACCGACGUGGUGAAACUCAUCGAGAGCAAACACGAGGUCACCAUCCUCAGCGGACUUAAUGAGUUUGUGGUGAAGUUCCACGGACCACCGGGAUCGGCAUAUGAAGGAGGCGUGUGGAAGGUCCGAGUAGACCUACCAGAUAAAUAUCCCUUUAAAUCCCCGUCUAUAGGGUUCAUGAAUAAAAUCUUUCAUCCCAACAUCGACGAAGCGUCAGGAACUGUGUGUUUAGAUGUCAUCAACCAGACGUGGACGGCGCUCUACGACCUCACCAACAUCUUCGAGUCGUUCCUCCCCCAGCUGCUCGCCUACCCCAACCCCAUCGACCCUCUGAAUGGAGACGCGGCGGCGAUGUACCUGCACAGACCGGAGGACUACAAACACAAGAUCAAAGAGUACAUCCAGAGGUAUGCCACGGAGGAGGCUCUGAAGGAGCAGGAGUUGGCAGGCGGUGACUCCUCUUCAGAGAGCUCCAUGUCGGACUUUUCCGAGGAUGAGGCUCAGGACAUGGAGUUGUAGUGAAAGGGGGGGAGACGACGCCCCCUUUCACCUCACAACAGACUAUAUCAUGUCCCAAAGAGCAGGAGCAGCUCACUACUAUAUUCAUAUGAAAAGACAAUUUUUUACAGCGACAUGAGGAUUUUUAUCUCUACAUGAGGAUCUGCAGAAUAUAAAACCCUUAGAUAGGAGUUCAUGACCACCUGCCCUUCACCCUCCUCUUCACCUCCUACAGAAGCCUGUUUGGAUCAGAAAGGAGUGUGUCAUUCAUUCUUCAUGGUCUGAAGAGGUUUUUUAUCAUGGCUUUCACACUGUCAUCCAAUCAAAGCUGUUUACACUCACUUUCCUAUUUGGAUCAUCCAGCCACACCUCCUUCUCUUCCCAUUUUCAUUUCACAAUUUUCCUGCAUCCCCAGGCCAGCAGAGGACCGCAUGAUUACCAACACUGAUUCAAAAAAAUGUGUGAAGUUCAAGUUAGAUUAUUAUUUUUUUUGACACAGAGGAGCCGCUGUUACAAUCAUCACUUCCUCUCUGAGGACCCAGAAGGCCACAGUGCGAUCAUGUGAUCAUCGUGGUGCACAGGCUGGACCGGACUAACCCUCUGUGCAAAAAACAUGAUGACUCAUCUACACACACUGUUAAACAACUAGUGUAUCCGCCAUGAUCUCAGCUUGAGUGUGUGUGUGUGUGUGCAUGAAAUCCACAGAGAAUCAGAGUGUUUAGAUAACUUGUGUUGUAACCCUGAUGCCCAGAAAAAGAAGGUUCACAAUCCUUACCAUUCUUCUCCUCUUAAACUCCCCCCCCCCCCCCCGUUCUAGGAAAGUCGUUGUCAUUCUCCGUGUAUCUUUGUAUAUUGUGGCAUGACACUGAAGUGAAGUUGUGUAGGUAAUGUGUAGACAUGUGGAGGAGGCCGGAUUGGUUUUUUUUUUUUUCCAGCAGUUAUCUCAGUUGAAUAUUGAACUUCUGAUCUCUGACUAUUGUUUGUGUUGAACUAUAACAUGUCUCUGACUUUGUUUAGGGAUAGUGACUUUAUUUUCUUAUUUUGCAGGUUUGGUACGCCUGUCAUAACAUUUGAUUUUUUUAUCCUUACAUAACUCGC